AAGUGACGCAUUGUUGUGGUGAGACGCCAUCAAACAUCGACUCCCGCCUCUCCGCGAAGUAUGAAGAGGAGAUGAUGGACUUCACAGAGUGUUACGCAGACACAGUGUCCAGAGUAGCUGCAGUGGCUCGCUCUGGCCACUGGAGGCACCUCAGGAGACUGAUCCAGAGGGGCUGCAGUGUGGAGCAGAGGGACAACAGAGGUUGGUGUCCUCUACACGAGUCUGCAGCUGCUGGAAGAACUCAGUGUGUGAGAGACAUCUUAUCUGCCAUCGCAGCUGCAGGCUCCGCCCGCCACUGCCGCGCCUACGUGAACUCUCUGACCCAUGAAGGUGAAUCAGCGUGUUUCCUGGCAGCGCAGCUCGGACACCUGUCUGUGCUCCGCCUCCUCCUGAAAGCUCACGCCGACAUCGACCAGCAAACCAACGACGGCUCGUGUCCGCUGUUCGCAGCUGUAGACGCUGGACACGCGGAGGUGGUGGAGCUGCUGGUCAGUGAAGGUGCGGCGGUCAACGGGACACACACAGCGUCCUGCUGGACCUGUCUCCAUCAGGCUGUUUACAAAGGUCACAGUGAAAUUGUGCGCAUCCUGGUCGGUGUUUGUGACCUGGAGGCUCUGGACGACCACAGGAUCACACCUGUGUUUGUGGCCGCACAGUACGGACGACCCGUCUGUCUGCGUAUCCUCAUCGACGCAGGUGCAAAUGUGAACGUGCAGGUGUCAGAUUUAGCCACGCCCCUUCUCAUCGCCUGUCAGGAGGGACAUGGGUCGUGCGUGGACCUGCUGUUGGACCACGGUGCAGAUCCUAACGUCUCCUGCAGUAACGACUGGCCACAGCUGCCUGUCCACGCCGCUGCUCAGUUUGGUCACGUCGGUGUCCUCAGGAGGCUGAUCGCGGUGACGGACCGCGUGUGUGACCGCGGCGACGCCAUGGUCAGUCCGUUGUACGUGGCUGUCGUCAAUGAUCAGAUCCAGAGCGUGAAGGUUCUGCUCGGUGAAGGUUUCAGUCCGGACGCUCAGGACUGCAGACGCCUGGACCUCAGGUCACCACUGCAGGCGGCCAUUAACCAGAGCGGCAAGCCCUACAGUGAAUCAGUGAAGUUGCUUAUUGCUGAUGGAGCAAACAUCGGUGAGGAGACGUGGACUUCAGCUCUGGCCACAGACGACAGUGAGCUGCUGCAGCUGAUCCUGGAGCACAGACGCUUCCCUCGGCCCGAGGCUUCGUCCGCUGACGGUUCCUCGCCGCCUCGUGAUGGCAGAGCGACGUUAAAGCAGCAGGAAGUGAGGGAGCUGCUCUGUGCCGCGCUGACUCACGUGUCUUUUUCUGCCUGUUGGCUUCCUGUGCUUCUGAAGACAGGACUGGAACCUUCUCUGCUGCUCCAGCCGCACAUGCUGGAACGAUGGAACAGUGCAGUGUUGAAUUUCCUGCUUGAGUUUGUGAACUGGUCAACUCUCUCUGUUCCUUUAAAACUCAUCCUGGAUCAGAGACGAGCAGAAAAGUCCUGGGACCCGCGUCCACAGUUUGGUACUUGAACAACAUUUUAUUUGAUUUUUUUAUGACUCAAACUUUAUUGAUUUUUAAAUCUUAUAACAAACAAAGGCAAAAUUAAAAUACACGGCUGUAUGCGUUGACAACGAAAUAUCAGAGUAAGGGCACUAAAAUAAAACAAUAAGGAAAAGAAUUAAAUAGAUAAAGAUGUAUACAUAUAAACACACAUUAUAGAAGAUGAAAUAGACAAUUCAUGACAAGAAAAAAUGAGACAAUGAAGACUACCAAACGAC